UUGGUUUUUUAUUUUUUUUUGUUAGCGGCAACUGGAAUUGUUCAUCAGCAUACUACAUGUCUUGUUCGCAAUUCCCAUUCUGGUUUUUGACAUUUGAGUGAGCCUCUUUGUCUCUCUCCUUCUUUCAUACGCAAGUUUAUGACGGACAUGUGGUGGUGGUGGUGGAGGGGGUGGAUAGGAGUGCAGAUCGCGUCUCUCUCACUCCUAGUCCAUGCUGCUCCCCAUCCACACGAAUGCCCAGAAUUCCCUUCUAGCUGUGAGUGCAUACCGCUAUCACCUGGUUGCUCUUCUCAAGGCAAGCCAUGUCAACCUGGAUCUCCAGACUGUGGAAUGGCCGUUGGGACAAUGCCUCCCAAAGUCACAUUUUCCAUACCUGCCACCGCACUGCCAACCGUCACACCCAGCCCAUCUUCUUCUUCUGUUUCCUCGCCAAUUGCAACAUUGUCGAUUCCGUCAACACAACCCUCUGGUGGCGCUCCCGUCCCACUUCCAACAGCUUCCUCUUUCCCAGCAGGCGCCCGCUCAGGCGAUCCCUCCUCAACAUCAACUCCAACACCCGUCGUGGGAGAGCGAUCCGAAAUCCAAGGUGACUCAAAUGGUACAAAUCUUGGUCUUGCUGUUGGGCUCCCCAUUGGCCUCCUCGUUCUUUUUGCCCUUGCCGCCUUUUUCGUAUAUCGAAAACGUCGAAGCCAGGCCGUCCCCUCAUCAACGCUCAUGUCGCAAGGAGACGGAUUUGAUGGACAUUCAAGUCUGGACUCUGCAAUAACAUUGUCCGUUCCACCUCCCAUGACUCAAGUGGGAGCGAAAACCGCCCUGGGUAGCACUGCGCGUGACUUGGAAUUUGGGAAUUUGAGCACCGUGUCUGGUAAUGGAACGGCAGUUCCUGCUCCAGAUCCAUCUGGUGGAGCGGGAGGGUCGAUAGGCGCCACUGCCCUUGCCGGGGGUUUGGCUGGUGGAGCUGCAGUGGCUGCUUUAGCUGCGUCGUCGCCUCCUGAACCGUCUAGCGUGGACCGCGAGGUAGGCUCCGCUGCCCUUACCGGGGGUUUGGCUGGUGGAGCUGCAGUGGCUGCUUUAGCUGCGUCGUCGCCUCGUGAACCUUCUAGCGUGGACCGCAAGGCAGGCACCGGUCAACCUGGAGCGGCCAGUGAGGCUGCUUCCGCGGUCACCGCGGCUGGCGCGCUUCCGAGUAACACUCAAGAGACGCCGGCCUCUACGUCCUCUGCUGAGCAAGGACUCGAGUCAACUGCAAACGUUCCAGAGGAAGAUGAUCUAAAGGACAAGAUGCCUGCUGGCGGGCCGAUAUUGGAGCAAGGCAACCCUGCUGAGCAGAGUGAGCCUGUUGUUCCUCCCAAGAGCCCAGAAAGGGAGGUCACGGCCAUGGCACCGGCAGCCGAGACACCCGUGGCGCUGGCAGCUGAGACGUUGGAUGGCACACCACUGAAUCCACCGUCACCAACCUCGUCUAGUUCACCCUGGGACAUGGAUCAGUUCACUCGCAGCAAUACCUUGUCUUCCUUGACAUCCGCAAGUACCGGAGCUGGAGCCCUGGCGGCUCUUGCAGCAGCAGGAGCGGUAGCCUCGACGUUGGAGCGUUCAUCACCGUCACCCGAAAACGCGGCAGAGUCGGACGGUCGGUCCAUUUCAUCUGGUACAUCUCGCACCUCACGUUACCUCCCAACUCUUUCCCGCCGCGGAACACUCCGCACCAUUGACGAAGUCAUUACCAUCAUUGACGAACGAACGGGUCACGUCCUAGACAAAAAGACAGUCACGGUCACUGAAUACGAGGGUGACAUGUCUGCUCUUGAGGCUCAGAGUGCAAAGAUUGAGAUUGCUGGGGCAGAAAUUGUUGGUGUUGGGGAGACGGUCACUGUAGAGUAUGCGGAUACCGGAGUGGCGGACGGUGGAGAUGGGACUGCAACGGUUGUGACGACCAUUACGGAUCUGAAAGGGGAAACUCAGACGCUUGUUAGCGAUGUGAGUAGUGUCAAAACGAGGACUUCUGAAGACGCGUCAUCUCCUGCCUCUAUCACUGAUGUGCCGGUGCCAGACCCCGUACCGGACCCGGUGCCGGAUGUUGGUGGCGAGCCAUUGCAAAGAUCCCCUAGCAUUCAUAGUACUGCGGCGUCCCCUGUCUUGUCAUCCAAUGAGGAGACAAUAUCACCAGAGAUGCUGGGGGAACCCGUCGUGCAACCCGCUGAGGAGGCCGCGGAGCCCAUAAGCACUCAGUCUCCUGAAUCACCGAUAAUGCCUUCAGAACCAAACGAUCCUACUCAAUCGCAAUUGGAAGAAACGAAAUCCGUAGACUCUGAACGAACGAUUAUCCGUCCCAUAGGAUCGUUGGAGACGAUCGUCCCACCAGUUGUACAACCCCCUGAAGACUUUACGACAUUACCCACACCUGAGGCGCCGGAACGCCCCGUCAUGGAGCUUACAAACGUUUUAGGAGACAAGUCCCAGAUUGUGGACCAUCAACUUGAUCCCAAUUUAUCACGGCCAACGUAUCGACCUACGAGUCCGACACCACUUGGUCCCAUUAUCCUUUCGGGAGGAGGAACCCGAUCCGUUCGAGGAGCAACGGACGCCAGCCGACGAUCCACUGUCCUCUCGUUUGCACCACCCGACCAAGACGACAUUCCCGAUCUUUCUGCCUACCACCCACCCGCACCUACCUCUCACGUGGUGAUUAACCACUACUACCCCGUCCGUCCCGACGAAAUGGCCAUGCAAGUAGGUGAUCUGGUCGGUAUCGAACGAGAAUACACGGACGGAUGGGCUCGUGGCCAAAACAUUACACAUGGACGUAAACGCGGGUUUUUCCCACUGAAUAUUCUCACACCCAUUAAAAGCGGGCCUAGUCAACGUGUUGCCAAAAUUGGUGGUCGAUCCUGGUUGGGACGUACUACUAAAGCCGAUGAACUUGAACGUCGAGCGAGUAUUGUUCCUCCUUCUCGUGACGCGUCCCUCCCCACCCGCUCCCGAACCUCUACAUCCGAUAUACUCAUUUCAGAAGAACAAGAACCCCACACCAAAGUCAUUAGACACAACACGGCACACACACAAGAACCCGAUGGAACGUCUGUGGAAACCAUCACAACCGUAACGCGGACCGGUGAGACUCCGAAUUUGGUUACCCGUGUUGUAAGACGGGCGAGUAAACGGAAUGGGGAUGGGACCGUGACGAAGCGGGUGAGUGUUAGUAUUGUGGAUGUGGUUCAGGAAUUAACGAGUGGGGAUAUAUAGAUUUGUG